AUGGAGAUUCCCAGUUAUAGCAACCAGCUGCUGCAGCAGCUCUGCACUCUCUGCAAAGACCAGCAGUUCUGUGAUUGCACCAUCUUCGUUGGGAAUGUCCAUUUUAGAGCACACAAGGUGGUUUUGGCUGCUGCCAGCCUGGUUUUGAAAUCCUGGUUGGGCAGCACAGACACCAUCUCCACGGAUGCUUCUGAGGUCACCCCUGAGGAGCUGGCACUCUUGCUGGAGAUGAUGUACAGUGGCAAACUCCCCCUGAGGAAACACCAUUUGACCAAAGUAACCUCUGUGGCAGGUAGUCUGCAGAUGUUUGAUGUGGGUUGUAAAAACUUCCUCAGGGGCCUCACCAGCUGUUCAGCUCAGGACCAGGUAGUGAGAAAGGUCUCUGGCCACGCAGCAAACUCGUUUGGAAAUCAUGUUGAAGCCAAUAACCUGCCCCUGCCUGGAAAACCUGCUGGAGGAAAACCAGGUAUCCUCUUCCCUCAGAGAGUUUCUCCUUCUCCUGCCACUGUAGAAGCAGAACUAGGAGGAGAUGGGCCUCCUCCUGGCCAGGAGCUUCCUGCAAAUCUUACCUGGAUGAUGGCAAGUGACUCCAGAUCCCUCUGGGAAGAUUCAGGCUCCUGUCUUGCUCAGGCUGCCUCAAGGGAUAGGGGUGGCUGUGCAGAAGAGGAGCUUGCUACACCUCUGGAGGAGAAAGGAGCAGCAAGGGAGCUAGCAGAGAGCAAACCCUGUAAUCUGGAUUUCUUUCUUUGAUAUGAAAGUGUUUUCUCUGAGGCCCUUUCGGUGCUGAAAAGACUAGAAGAGUGCAGAGAAAUGGGUGCUUCUCCAAAGGAGGCUCUGCUUGUCUGUCUGGCAGAGGUGGGGGAGCAGUUGGUGCUCAAGAAGCUGCUGAGCCAAGUGAAGGAUGCUCAGACCCUGGGUGCUCAGACCCUGGGUGCUCAGACCCUGGUGUCUUUACUGAAGCUGUUUCAAGAUGCAACUCACAAGCUGAGAUUGGCUUUGCUGGAGAAGGAACAGGGCAGCAGGGAAGCCCUGCAGCAAACAGAGAGCACAGAGGAGGGAGAGCUGCUGACUCUGGGCUGCAGGGAGGAGCUGAUGCAGAGUGUGACACAGCUGAGCCCCAUCCUGGGGCUCUUGGAGGCAGCAGAAGAGGGAUUUCUGACCUUGGAGAAGCUGGUAAAAGAAACCUGGGAUAAGGAAACCACCAGGGACAAUCUGCUCAGGAAGGUGGAUGAAGAGAAAACCCUGGAAGCAGAAAGUCUGGUCAAACUUCUGGGGGCUGUGAAAGCAUCAUUCCCUGGUCUCCAGCUGCUCCUGGACCACCUGGUGGCCACAGGAAGUGUCUCUGAUGGCAAAGUGGCCAGCAGGGAGAGCUCAGGCAUUGAGAUCACCCUGUGGCACAGCAAGCUGAUCUCAGAGGCCACCCAGCAGGGAGCAGACCUGGAGGGCUUGGCUCCAGGGGAGGCAGGACUUCCAGAAGCAGUCAAAGAGCUUUACCCGUGUCUCAUUAAGCUGGGCUCCUGGUGGUGCCAGGGCUUUUGA